GGAUGUACAGUUGGAAUUGGAGGACAUGUUGAUUUGUCAUGACUGAGACGACUCUGUCAAUUCGUCAAAAACUGUUUUGUUUAGACAGAAAUUGUACAAAAUUACAUAGUAAAUCGGGUGAUAUCGUGUUGUGAUAAGUGAUUAUAAUAUAAUGUGUGAUACGUUUUUACGCUGACGAAUUGAAUAAAGAAAAAGUAAAUUUAAGUAGCAAUAGCCGAUCAGCAACUCUUUGAUGCCCCGCGGCCGGGACGACAUGCAAGUAAACGUGGCGGGCCUAAGGAGGAAUAUUAAAAAUCUUGCGCACAACUACUCUGAUGCCCAGGUUAAAGUGCGCGAGGCAACCUCGAACGACCCAUGGGGUCCUUCGAGCACACUCAUGGCGGAGAUCGCCGACCUCACGUACAACGUGAUGGCCUUUACCGAGAUCAUGCAGAUGAUUUGGAAGCGGCUCAACGACCACGGCAAGAACUGGCGGCACGUCUACAAGGCGCUCGUCCUCAUGGAGUACCUCAUAAAGACGGGCAGCGAGAAGGUCGCGAUGCAAUGCAAGGAAAACAUAUUCGCAAUACACACGCUUAAAGACUUCCAGUAUAUGGAGGAGGGGAAAGACCAAGGUCUGAACGUGCGCGAGAAGGCGAAACAGCUGGUGAACCUGCUGAAGGAUGAGGAGCGGCUGAAGAACGAGCGCGCGCGGGCGCUCAAGGCCAAGCAGCGGUUCGCGCAGGGCAGUGCACUCGGCAGCGACGGCCAUCUGCUGACGCUGCACCCUGCACUGCAGCACUGCAGCACAGCACUGCCGCACUGCAGCACUGCACUGCGCAUAGCCAACACUGCAGCCGUGCAGUCACACUGA